AUGUCGACAUCCAAGGUCAAGGCUGGUCAGCUCUGGGGAAAGAGCAAGGAAGACCUUUCCAAGCAGCUCGAGGAGUUGAAGACCGAGCUCUCCCAGCUCCGUGUCCAGAAGAUCACUGCCGGUGCCUCGUCGAAGACUCAGAGAAUCCACGACGUUCGCAAGUCGAUCGCUCGCGUUCUCACCGUCAUCAACGCCAACCAGCGCGCCCAGCUUCGUCUGUUCUACAAGAACAAGAAGUACACUCCUCUUGACCUCAGACCCCGCCUCACCCGUGCCCUCCGCCGCAGACUCACCAAGCACGAGGCCACCCUCAAGACGGAGAAGCAGCGCAAGAAGGAGAUCCACUUCCCCCAGCGGAAGUACGCCGUCAAGGUAUGA